CUCGACGAACCCAUCUACCCACGUGACCGCCCCAUUCACUCGACAAACUCUUCUUCUAUCACGGGCCCCGCCGUCGCAUUCGUCCCAUUGCCGGGCCACUCUGGUGGAAGUGGAAACGGCGGGGCCGCCGGCGUACUUUGGCUUGGGGAUGGGGGUGAGUUUGUCGAGGGGGCGGCGGUCGGAGGUUUUGCGGGAGGGCUUGUGGUGGGCGCAACAACCCAUGGGCCGAUGGGCUGGGACCACUGAGGAAUCAGCUCAGGCUUUGAGCUCGACACGUCCGCACUCGUCAGGCCCUUCCAGGAGCUCUGAUGACAAAUACGACAACCAUGGACCAAAUUGUCCUGGGGUCUUCUCACCAUAAGAUGCGGCGCUUCAUUGUCACUGACUACUGGAUGAUGCCUGCCGUGUGCACAACCACGGGAGACACGAAACGAUCAAGAAAUCGUCUGAUUGAAUAUGUGACCUUGGGCCGCAGAAUGUCGAGUGGAUGCGGCAGACUUCACUCGAGCGGUCCUGCGCCUCAGGGGGCGGAAGCGCAGCUGAGAAGAAAGGAAUAAAGGAGCGUAUAUUUGCAUUCUGACCGUGCGACUGUUCUUGCCUUACUAUGAGCUUCCAGCCAGUCUGGGUGACACCCCACUGUGCGAAUAAUCACGGUCGACGCAACCAACCUACACACCCACAAGCAUACCUGCAUCUCUCCCCCCACGUGUUGAGCUGCCUCUCCACCCAUCCAGCAUCGUACCUCUGUGACACCUGCCUGCACGCGCCGCCCACCAGCGUCCGCACAUAGCCCGUCGGCUCGAUCAACCUGAUCUUAUCGUGGUUGUCGAGCACGAAAAGCCGCACCUCUCCCAAGGCCGUGAUCUCAACCCCCAAGCUCCGUGGCAGUCGGAGGGAGGCCAAGUGACCAGGGCCAUCGACCAGGCCGGGCCUCUCGGGUGAGCCCGCGAAUGUGGUCACUCGGGACAAACGGACACCUGCACGCAGACAGAAUGGCAAGGAGGAAGAUGCACACACAAGCACUGGCAGGUAGAGAAACCUUGUACUUUUGUCGUGAAUGCGUAUUCUCCGGACGCAGUGGUUGUUGGUGUCGGCGACGAAGAUGUCAGUGUUGGGGAUGAGAGGCGUCCUCGGCAGUGAGGGGGACGGCGUGGCCUCGCUGACGCCAAUGCCCUCUGGCAGAUUGAAGAGCGCCGUCCGCACACUGCCCCACUCCCACCCACGAAGUGCAAAUAGAUAGAAUAGAAGGCCUUCUCCGCAGCUGUUGCGCUUACGUGCCAUCUUGGUGCCCCGCCUGUCCGCACAGCCCAGCAAACACCGAUGAAGACCCUGAACCGACGACAACAGACAUUCACGCUUUGUAAAUCCAUCCAUCUGUCCAUCUCUAUCCAUCCAUUUCUUCCUACUGGGCUUGUCCACUGCGUCGAUGUAGAUAACGCAGCUUCGCGCCUUGUCCACCAGCCACAGCACGCCCGACGGUGUCUGGGUGACGGCAUUCGUCCACGGCAUCUCCACAUACUCGUCGUAGUGGCCACUCACGUUGUAUUCUGACCCAUCCAGGACACACACAACCGUCAGCAAACGCCACUCGUUUGGGAGAUCUAUGGAUCUAGGCGACGGACCGUUCACUCUUGACCCGACGUAUGCAUGGAUGGGAUAGAAGGGGUUCGUGUAGCCCGGCUCGUGGAGGCGGCACACGCAGCCACGAAGGAAGAACGCAGCCGCGAGGAGGAGCGCCGUUCGCAU